UUUAAACACGCUCAUAAACUUAAGCAAAAAAGGUGUGUGCUUCAUUGACAGUUGGAAAUUUUUGAAUAAAUCUGUGAACUUAGUCGACCUCAAAACUACAAGAGAAAGAAAACUUACAAUCAAUUUCUGGCUUGAUUCAUUUGAUCGCGUCAUUAUAUUAAAAAGAGAGCCAACUAAUCUAUCAGCAAAACUGAAUCAAACUACGUAAUUAGAAUAAUCACUUCAUAGCAACUUAUUGGUACCUCCUAACGUCAGUCUCUCCAAGCUACAUCUGCCAAGCAGUAUCCCUCUAGCAACUGAAGUGCCACGGCUAGAGUCCUAACAAGUUAGCUUAAAAUGGAGCCGGACGACACAUUCGAAUUGGAAACUGAGUUCGAGCAGGACGAGAAAAUUUACUGUGGUGAAGAUUUUCGGAAAGCGGAACCUCCCCUUUGUAAAGUGUGUGGGGACUUAGCUUCCGGAAAGCACUAUGGCGCAUUGUCUUGCGAGGGAUGCAAAGCCUUCUUCAAAAGGUCUAUCAAACGCAAACCUACUUCCAAGUGCAAGCAACUAUUGACCAGAGCACAGAAACCUCCGAUACGGAUAGUGAAUGGUGAAAAAAGAUGUCUGAUUGAGAAAAAAACCAGAAACGACUGUCAGAAAUGCAGAUACGAUCUAUGUCUCGAAGUGGGAAUGAGUAAAAAUAAUUUGACUAAGUACAGACACAAUGACGAAAAAAAAACCAAAACGCCAGAUUCAGAUUCAACCCCUUUCACUGGCUCUAAAUGUUCAGAAAGUCCAGAAGAUUCAGACCUCUCGGAAAAAAACUUAAAUGAGAAUGCACUGAGUGCCGAUGACUUGCAAUUGAUUGAAGAUCUCACAGGAAUUGAAGCUGAUAAGAUUCCGGAAGACCAUCCCAUGCCAGAUAUAGCAGACGGCGAGAUACCAUCUUCUGUCAAUCAUGAAAAAGCGGUUCUGUAUCUGUCGGGUUUCGAUGAGCAAAAUUACGUAACUCAAUGGGCUCAAAAAGUUCCAGACUUUGCCCAAAUUCCACAAGAUGACCAGAAAACCAUUCUGAAGAAAUGUUUCCUGGACAUCCUUAUUCUUAGACUUGCAUGGCGCUCUGCUCCGCAUGACGAGAAAAUACGCUUCACCAUCGGGAGGUUAAUAUCUAAGGAGGAGGGUCAGCGAAUCGGCCUGGACAUGGAUCUUUUUGCUAUGACCUUAUUCUUUAUCCGACAUAUUAAAUCAAUUGGUUUGGACAUAGUUGAAAUCUCCCUGCUCCAGGCCAUACUUCUGACCUUUGCACGGCGCGACAGCAUACAGAACAGCAGCCAAAAAAUAGCAACUGGCAUCCAAAAUAGAGUAAUGAGAACUCUAUGCUCUUAUGUGAAGAGCUAUUAUCCGACUCAACCACUACGAUACUGUAAAAUCAUCCAGCUCAUUUCGUCAAUUCACGGAGUGAGUCUCAAAGCGAUGGACGAUUUCCUAACCGACGCAAUCAAUGGUACCAUAAUGCUCAACGAAAGCGUUUGUUCCAUGGUUACAUAACUAAAUAUUACGCAACUCUUGACGCAAUCUGUUCGGCAAAUUAUGAUUUUCUUGAUGCUAACGUUGUCAGUGACGAAGUAUCGCGAAUGCAUUAAUCAGAUAGUGCUCUACCCUUAUUGAAAGUGCUCCAAGAGAGCUUCUUGUCUGGUUGAUCUAAUUAAACAUCUAAAAAUCAGCAAUACUAUCGCGCCCAUUCGAAUAUUUUUAAGGAAAAAUUUAUCCACGCUUCUUUAACUUCUUAUCAACCAAUUGUGUGUGUUUUUCCAUUCCCGAAAAACCAAAUGGCAGUUUUCAAGCUACUUAACACUAUAUCAAAAACUCCAAAAUACGCUGUUCUAGCCCAAUAUCCAAAACACGGUGUUUUAGCUCAACAUUUAUACGUUUUCCUCUGCAGUAAUUUUUUGGUCUAAAUGGGGUCUUCUUUGUGUUUUUGGAGAACUCUGAAUUCUGAUUGGCUAACAUGACUUUCGGCAAUUUGUUCCUUUCGGCUACUUGUUUCUUGUCUCAGGCAUGACGGAUUACCUCUCUGCUUUUUGCAUCCUUGAAAUUGGAGGUCUUCUUUUUUGUUACAAACAGAGUAUC